ACACAGGGCGCGUUCUCACACCGUGUGUGUCCGUGUGCGCCCCGGGCGCCGGGCAGGUCUCCGUCCGUCACACGUUGUGCAGAUGUGUGCUGUGAAUGUGCUUGAGUGCGGUGGUGGCAUACGUACAUGGCCGGGAGUUCUGCUUUGGUGAAGAUAGGAAGCCUUACAGAUGUGAGAUUGGAUACUGCUGUGGAGACACUGAAUGCUGCACCUUCUACUAUGAGCUGUGGUGGUUCUGGUUGGCCUGGACUCUCAUUAUCUUGGUCGGGUGCUGCUGUGCUUAUCGUCACCGCAGAUUUAAACUGAGACAUCAACAGGAGCUGAGACAACGGGAGAUCAGCCUCAUGGCCUAUCAGGGGGUUGCUCCACCAGUACCUGCUGCCUUAGAGCCAUGGCCCAACUGCAAACUGCCUACCUAUGAUGAAGUAACCCAAGACCCUCCUACACCACCACCACCUUAUUGUGAGAUUUUGGAUGAGACUCCCACCGGUCUCGUUCCUCCAGUCAGUUCUACAGGCUUGAACAUGGCAUGGUCUCACCAAGAGGACUCUUCUACUGAGGCAGCAGAGGGAUCUUCUGAAGAACAUCAGCAAUAUGACAUUGUAGACCAAGGGAGCUCAAGUGCCUUAGAGAGAAGACGUCACGUCACCGGGGACUCUGGAAUUGUAUUGUGUGAUGAGAAGGUGGCCUGCCUCAGCGAGCGAGAAGAGACUGACUUAAGUCCAAGUGUAUAUAUCAGUGUGGAGACCGAGAUGUCAGCUGAGAGGGAAUAAUGAAUCUCUAUCUCUGGUCUAUAGGCUGUAGUGGGGCAGAUAUGAUGAUAAGGGGCAGUAUCAAUAAGACAUUUACUUCCAAGGGCUGUUACUCAGGGGGAGCAGAGGCGUCGCCAACCCUGACAACCCUCUGUUUCCUGGCACUAUCCUUGCACUGAUGGCAUCUUCUUACAGAGCUUUUGCACUUUGUUUUGUAUGUUUGUCAGCGGAUUUCGUUAAAAAUCCACGGUUUUGGUUCCUUGUUAUUAUUAUUUUUUGUAUAAUGUUAGAUACAUUUGUCAUAGACAUCAGGAAGCUAAGCAAUGUCGUAUCUACCAGAACAUGGUCUCGUGUGGCAGAGAUGUCUUAACAGAAGGGAAUACUGAAUAAUAAACCAGCUCAGUUCAACACUCA